CAUAAACUCAAGUGUGAAGUCGAUUCAGACUUGACACUGCAGAUUAUAACCCCACCUUUAAGCGCAGCAUGUCAGCUCGAGACUCAUCUGAUUCCUUUUCGUUUUCCUCCACAGGCGCGGCCACCAAAAUUUGACAACGCAACUUCGAAUCAUUCCCCUCAAUUCCCAACAGACAAAUGGAGGCUCAUGACAAGGCCGUCGCGGCCGUAGCUUCGCGAGUGCGACAUUUCUUCGGGAAGAAGCAGCCCUUCCGGAUCUAUCAUGGUUCCACAAACAGCACGCGCGCCUCACAGCGCCGCCGUGACAACACGGUAGACACCAGCUCCCUCAACCGCGUGCUCGAUGUCGAUGUUUCCAAGAAUACGGCACUGGUUGAGCCGAACGUGCCUAUGGACGCACUUGUGGCAGCUACCCUCAAGGCUGGUCUAGUACCUCUUGUGGUGAUGGAAUUUCCGGGCAUUACGGUCGGAGGCGGCUUCUCUGGAACCUCGGGCGAGAGCUCGUCCUUCCGAUACGGCGCAUUCGACACUACCAUCAAUUGGAUUGAGAUCGUGCUGCCUAACGGCGAGGUUACCAAGGCUUCGCGCACGACGAAUGAGAAGACGGACCUGUUCUGGGGAGCUGCGUCGGCGUUUGGUACUCUCGGUGUGAUCACGCUCUUGGAAGUCCAACUGCGAGAAGCCAAGCCUUACGUCCGGUUGACUUAUUCGCUCUAUGGCGACGCAGCCAGAGCGAAUGCCAGCAUUCGAGAAGAGAUUGCUAAGGAGCCAGUUGAUUACGUCGAUGGCAUUAUGUUUUCGAAAGACUGCACAGUUGUAUGUUCUGGCCGGCUUACCGACCGUCUGCCUGAAGGUACCAAACCUCAACGUUUUACACGGAGCAGAGACCCCUGGUUCUAUAUCCAUGUUCGCCGGCUCCAGAAGCGUUUACGUUCGGGUCCGUCCACCGAGGUCACCGAAUUCAUUCCCCUAGUCGACUACCUAUUCCGAUACGACCGUGGGGGUUUCUGGGUGGCCAUGUACUCGUUCCGCUACUUCAUCACUCCUUUCAACCGCGUGACCCGCUUCAUCCUCGACCCCUUGAUGCACACCAGGACGAUGUACCGAGCCCUACAUCAGAGCGGCUUGUCGGACAACUAUUUAGUGCAAGAUGUCGGCAUCCCUCACGACAAGGUCUCGGAAUUCAUUGACUGGCUCCACAACACGCUUCACAUCUACCCACUCUGGCUAUGCCCCUUGCGGUUCGUGCGCGACACGCCCAACGCGCGCCACGGCCUACACUCCGACUUUGCGGACCUGGACCCGCAGUCAGAAGCUGGCUGGCUCAUGAACUUCGGUAUCUGGGGUCCGGGCUCAUUCAACCGGCGCGAAUUCGUGCAACAAAACCGCCUGCUAGAGCUGAAGGUGCAGGAACUCGGCGGGAAGAAGUGGCUGUACGCCCACGCGUAUUAUACCGAGGCUGAGUUCUGGGCGCACUAUGACCGCGGAUCAUACGACGCCUUGCGUGCAAAGUAUGGCGCUGGGUGGCUGCAGAGUGUUUAUGAUAAGGUGAAGGUCGAUACCGAAGCCGAGGAACGUGAGUUGCGUAAGUGGGUGCCUUGGUUGUUGGCUUUGUUUUGGUCAAUUUGGCCGCUGAAGGGCAUCUAUGGCGUCCUGAUGGCUUUGCUGGGUGGCGAUUACUUGCUGAAGACCGCGGAUCAGGUGCAAAUGUUGAAGGAGGAGUAAUGUCAGUAAUAAGCAGUAUAUAGUACUAUCUCACUCCGCCAUGAGCGGUGGAAUUUCAGAG